ACUCACUUGUAAACCCACCCAGAACCUCCAUCUCCCGACACCAUGGUCAACUCCUGCUGUGGCUCUGUCUGCUCUGAGGAGGGCUGUGGCCAAGGCUGCUGCCAGCCCAGCUGCUGCCAGUCCAGCUGCUGCAGACCCAGCUGCUGCGUCCAGCUGCUGCAGCCCAGCUGCUGCAGGCCCAGCUGUUGUGUGUCCAGCUGCUGCAGGCCCAGCUGCUGCAUCUCCAGCUGCUGUCGCCCCUGCUGUGGCAGUUCCAGCUGUUGUGGAUCCAGCUGCUGCCGCCCCUGUUGCCGUCCCAGCUGCUGUGUGUCCAGCUGCUGCCGCCCCAGCUGCUGUGUGUCUAGCUGCUGUCGCCCCUGUUGCCGCCCCAGCUGCUGCGUUUCUAGCUGCUGCAGACCUUCCUGCUGCCGCCCCAGCUGCUGCAUUUCUAGCUGCUGCAGACCCUGUUGCCGCCCCAGCUGCUGUGUGUCCAGCUGCUGCCGCCCCUGCUGUGGCAGUUCCAGCUGUUGUGGAUCAAGUUGUUGUCGCCCUAGCUGCUGCAUUUCUAGCUGCUGCAGGCCUUCCUGCUGCCGCCCCAGCUGCUGCAUUUCUAGCUGCUGCAGGCCUUCCUGCUGCCGCCCCAGCUGCUGUGUGUCCAGCUGCUGCAGGCCUCAGUGCUGCAUUUCUAGCUGCUGCCGCCCCACCUGUUGCCAGACCUCCUGCUGCCGCCCAGCAUGCUCUAGCAGUUCUUGCUGCUGAGCGCUCUCACCCAGUCUCCUGUUCUUCACCACCCAGCAUUCCUGAUGUGGCCCACCUGUGAGCUGAUCCUGAGAGGCCCAGCAUAAAGCCUCUGUUCCAACUGAUAAUGAUUUGGGCCUCCAAAUAUGCUGUCCUUACUUCUGCCUAUUUAUUAUUUUUCUCUAAAAUGACCACAAAUUUAAAUUUUCUCUGAAAUCUGUAUAAGUUUGACCCAUGGGAAGAAAAUGGUUCUUUACUAUAUUCUUAAAAAUGGAAACUCUCUUGUAUCUUAAAUAAAUCUGAAUUUU